CCACCAUCCCACCCUUCCCACUCACUCGUUUGCUGGGAUUUUUUUUUUUGAACCUGGUGGGUGGCGGACACCUCGCCCAAAGGUACCCCGGCCUCAGCGGAUACUUGUCCCUCCUUGCUGGGGUCUCUUAACCUAUGUGUGUCCCUUUAUAUAAUUCACAACUCUUCAUCUCCUCCUCACCUUCAGAACCUGUUCUCCUUAGACCUCCCCUUCUCACCCAAAGUCCAACUCCCAGUCGGCCAUCGGACAGUACUUGCCAUUGCGGGACGUUGCUUCUCACUCAAGAUCAUAAGCAUCGUUUGGAGUUGUCUUCUGGUACAGACACCUUGGAGUACUUCCUUUUUCGAAAACAACUGCCAACCUCUCGAUCGUAGCCUGUUGGCUCAGUCCUCUCUUCAACAUGUCGGCGACGACUUCGUCCUCCGCCGCCAAGGCUACGCAGGCCGAUCACUUCCCCGAUGGCACUUCCGACUAUGUUCCCGUGCGUGCCGCCAAGGCCUACGACGGCAAGAAGCCUCACAUCACAACCCAGCCUAUCACUCUGGCCAACUGGCACAAGCACGUCAACUGGCUCAACACCACCUUCAUUCUGAUCAUUCCCUUGGUUGGAUUCAUCUGCUCCUACUGGAUCCCUCUGACGUGGAAGACGGCCGUGUUCGCUGUCGUCUAUUACUUCAACACUGGCCUCGGCAUCACUGCUGGAUACCAUCGCCUUUGGGCUCACCGCUCUUACAAGGCUAGCCUUCCCCUCAGAAUCUACCUUGCUGCUGUUGGCGCCGGCGCCGUCGAAGGCUCUAUCCGCUGGUGGUCCCACGGUCACCGCGCUCACCACCGAUACACCGAUACCGACAAGGACCCCUACUCUGUCCGUAAGGGUCUCCUCUACAGCCACAUCGGCUGGAUGGUUAUGAAGCAGGAUCCCAAGCGUAUGGGCCGAACCGAUAUCACCGACCUCAAUGAGGACCCUGUCGUCAUGUGGCAGCACGUUCACUUCAUCAAGUGUGUCAUCGCUAUGGGUAUCAUCUUCCCUACCCUCGUCUGCGGCCUAGGCUGGGGUGACUGGCUCGGCGGCUACGUCUACGGCGGUAUCCUCCGCAUCUUCGUCGUCCAGCAGGCCACCUUCUGCGUCAACUCCUUGGCCCACUGGCUCGGUGACCAGCCCUUCGACGACCGCAACUCGCCUCGUGACCAUGUCAUCACUGCUCUCGUUACCCUUGGCGAGGGAUACCACAACUUCCACCACGAGUUCCCCUCCGACUACCGCAACGCUAUUCAGUGGUGGCAGUACGACCCCACUAAGUGGUGCAUCUGGACUUGGAAGCAACUCGGCCUCGCAUCUGACCUCAAGCAAUUCCGCCAGAACGAGAUUGAGAAGGGACGUGUUCAGCAGCUCCAGAAGAAGCUCGACCAGAAGCGUGCGAAGCUUGACUGGGGUGUUCCUCUUGAGCAACUGCCCGUCAUUGACUGGGAUGACUUCGUCUCGCAGGCCAAGAAUGGCAGGGGUCUCGUUGCCAUUGCCGGUGUUAUCCACGAUGUGACUGACUUCAUCAAGGAGCACCCAGGUGGCAAGGCUCUCAUCUCCUCCGCUGUCGGCAAGGAUGCCACCGCAAUCUUCAACGGCGGUGUCUAUCUCCACUCCAACGCUGCUCACAACCUUCUUUCCACCAUGCGCGUUGGUGUCCUCCGCGGUGGUUGUGAGGUAGAGAUUUGGAAGCGUGCCCAGUACGAAAACAAGGACAUGACAUAUGUCACCGACUCGAGCGGCCAGCGUAUCGUCCGUGCUGGUGAUCAGCUCACCCGCGUGUCGAUGCCUGCCGCCAGCGCCGACGCUGCAUGAAUGAGAUGAGGAACUUGACAAUUUUAAUGACAACUUGGGGAGGCUUGUUUUAAACCGAACAACCAGGCAGGGCGAAAGAUGUGGGAGUGCCAAGGCUUUCACUUCUGCGGAUGUGUUCCAGCGCAGUCGAUCUCGGGGUCCGAUUGGGCGGAAGGAGCUAUCCUCACUACGACUUGUAGAAGUCGUUCUUAGUGACGCCUUUUUUUUUUAUUGCCACUUCCAGAUUUAUCUGAGAGUGAGAGCAAUUGCCGACCUCACAAUCAUGGGAUAUCUUUAUGGCGUUUGCGGGGGUAGGCAUUGCAAGAGGGCGUUCACGUUGACAGUGAUGAGAGCUGUUUAAAUUAUUAGAAACCAUGGAAGAGGCCUCGAGAAGGCGAAAACAGAACGAUAACUUUCAUUUAAACUUAUACCUGAGACUUCUUCAAUGGA